UGUCAAAUGUGUCCGUUUUUAGGUUCCUGUAGGUAGCGGCGCGGUGCUGUGUGUUACAAACAUGGCGCUUUUUCAGUAUUUGAAAUUGGAAAUUACCCUUUUCCGUGUAACGUUAUUGAGCUGUGCUGCCUUCACGGGUAACGUUACCAGGUCCAGAAAUGCGGUGCUUCUGAUAAAAACCGUCCAAUAACUCAGGAACAAGAAAGUAGUGGUAGUAGUUGGGAGAGUUGGCAGAUUGUUAAUGCAUUUCCUGAAACAGUCAGUGUUGUAUGAAGGCAUCUUAUUAAUAUAAUAUGUGGUAUAGCUGAAUUAACACGAUGAGUGUAAAACUCGUUUUACCAGUAGAAAGUUCCUAAGUACCACAACAAUAAAGGCACCAAUUACGUUCAUUUGUACGGGAUUUUUCUGUCGCAGACUGGCUAACUGCAGAAGAACAAACCAGUAACGUUACCCAUUUCAUCAUUUCAUGUCAACUUUUCUAAAGGAGGUAUGGAACACCCAGCUUGUAUUUUGGAGGAAUUGAAGCAGUUUGUCUUAAAGGAUGCCCCACCAACAGUGUAUUACAUCCCAGAUUUCAUAUCGGAAGAUGAGGAGUCCUACCUUCAACAGCAGGUGUAUAAAUCUCCCAAAACUAAAUGGACUCAGCUGUCAGGCAGACGGCUUCAGAACUGGGGAGGGUUACCACAUCCCAAAGGCAUGCUGGCAGAAAAGAUUCCCGACUGGCUCCAGACGUACUGUGAGAAGAUUUCCUCUCUAGGUGCAUUCAGUGGAAAAACAGCCAACCAUGUGUUGGUGAAUGAGUAUAAACAAGGGGAAGGGAUUAUGCCUCAUGAAGACGGCCCUCUGUACCACCCAACUGUCACCACCAUCAGUCUGGGCUCUCACACCUUCCUUGACUUCUACACACCCAUCAGCAGCCAGGAGGCCGAUGCACCGCAGACUGAGGAGAGCCGCUUCCUCUUCUCCCUGCUGGUGAGGCCGCGCAGUCUUCUCAUCCUGCAGGAUGAAAUGUACCAGCGUCUCCUCCAUGGCAUCCGGCCCCGCGCCCAGGACACGCUGACAGACAAGGUGGUGAACCGGUCUGCUGCCGGGGCUGUGCCAGGAGAGACACUGACCCGAGGAACCAGGGUGUCACUGACCAUACGACAUGUGCCCAAAGUGAUGAAGACAAAGCUUGUACUGGGGAGGAAAUGAAGAAAGACUGCAUGUUGACAUGAUAAGUUGUUAUACUACUACAUGCUGUGUUUGCCACUGACCCCAUCAAGCAUACGAUCAAUGGGACUGUGUCCUCCAGGCUGCUUUAUUCACGUGUGUUUAUAAUGGAUCACUUCUAGCUUUGCUAAAUAUCUGUGCUGCCUCAAGUGAUCCCACUGCUGUGGUAACUUUCCUGGACAUUAUCAAAGGCAACAAUACAAAGAGGCACAACUAGAAAUUGUUUAAACUAUGGAUUCAUCUCUUAAAUAUUUUAAGGGAAUAUGGGAUCUGAGUAGCAAAUAUAUGGAAGAAGAAUGGUAUCUUAAAUUUGGUAUUUUAUUUGGUUUUGCUUUUUGUUGAUUCAUCAUUCAACUGUUUCAGCAUUACAGACAUAAAAUGGAUAUAAAUCAUUAUUGGUUGUGCUUUGUGUAUGCAUUGUUUACUUUAUGUAUUUAUUUAACAGCUACAAAUAAGAGUCCAACCGAUAAACAAGCAUGG